CGUCCUUGAAAACUGAAGUGCUGGCACAUCGUAUACAUUUGUGAGCUGAACUUGGACAAUUUUACAGUUUAGACUCAGGAAGUUUUAGAUUAGAACAAUACGAGAGCAAGUGAUCCAGUGACUAUAAAAUCAAUAUGGAUGCUGUAGCUAACAGAAUGGAGAGGUUAACUGAUGUAGCCUCUGCUAAAAAACAGAAAUUUGAAGAAAUACUCAAGCCACUAUAUCUAGGAGAAGACAAGAUAAAACGUUUGAUGGAUGUAAUGGAAGAACAGAUGAAACUGGCCACCAGCAAGGACGAGAACACCAGAAAAAAAUCUGAUAUUUUAAUGGCAGUAACUCAUGUACGAUGUCUAUUACAGGGUGGUGAAAAUGGUGACUAUCUAGGAUUAGAUCUCGGUGGAACUAAUUUCCGAGUUGUUCGAGUCCAAUUAAAAGAUGGCAUGGCAUCCACUACAACUAAAUAUUAUACAUUAACAGAACAAGUUUUAUCAGGGCCCUGUGCUGGGGUGUUUGAUUUUAUAGCUGAAAGUAUCAAAGACUUUUUACAACAAGAAAAUCUCAUCAAUUCAGAUUCCAAAAUACCUUUAGGUUUCACAUUUUCCUUCCCGUCUACCCAGCUAGCGUUAAACAGUGCUAUAUUACUGACCUGGACUAAAAGUUUUAAAUGUCCUGAUGGUGUAGGAUCUGAUUCUGUACAACUUUUAGAACAGGCUAUCGCUAGGAAAGCUCCAGGUUUACCAGUAGAUAUUGUAGCUGUAAUGAGUGACACAACCAGUACUCUGAUGGCAGGCAAUUAUCUUGAUAAAAAAUGUCGUAUUGGAGUCAUUCUCGGAACUGGGUCGAAUGCUGCAUUUGUAGAACAUUUAGAAAAUAUAGAGAAAUAUGGUGGUGAUUUUAAGGAACCAAAACAGGUAUUGGUAAACGUAGAAUGGGGAUGUAUGGGAGAUUCUGGUUGUUUAGAUUUUUAUAAAACAGAAUUCGAGAAAGAAAUAGAUCAACAUUCCAACCAUGUUAAUUCUUUUACGUUUGAGAAGUCAUUCGCUGGUAUGUAUUUAGGAGAAUUUGUACGUCUUGUGUUAGUAAAACUGACCAAUGAGGGAGUGUUAUUUAAUGGCCAUGUGACUGAAGAAUUGGCCACCAGGUGGAAAUUUACGUCUGGGUUUGUGACGAAGAUUGACAGUGAUAAAGAUAAAGAAACAACCAACACCAGAAAUAUCCUAGAGAAAUUGAACCUAUCCACAGCUAGUGAUGAAGAUAUUGCUAUAGUUCGUGAAGUCUGUGAUUUUGUUGUACAAAGAGCUUCCUACAUCGUGGCAGCAGCUUUAGCGGUAUUGAUAAGACAUGUCAAUCUACCUGAGGUUACCGUGGCAAUAGAUGGAUCACUGUACGAACAUCAUCCUAAAUUUCAUAAUUACAUGAUGGAGUUAAUUUCACAGCUCAACUUACAUACACAGGUUAAGUUAAUCCUAGCUAAAGAUGGUAGUGGUCAAGGUGCAGCUUUUGCAGCCGUCGCAGCAUUACGACAAAUAGAGGAAAACAUAGUCUCAGCUUAGUCACAGACAUCCAGUGCCUUAUCACUCAUAGCUUCUUUCAUCCAGUAUUUUAAGUUUUCAUAACUAUUUAACUAGGUUAUCAUGGUCUUAGGAAUAUUUUACUUUAUUUUCAAUACAGAGAUGCAGUAGCUCAGUGAUUUAACGCUUGCUUGCUAAAUUGGAGGUCCAGAGUUUAAUUCCUAAUGGAAUCUAGUUGUUUUGAAGGAAAUUAAACUAAGACACUGUGUGCUACAGGCUGUGCACAUUGAAGACCCCUCAUCAGGUUGGAAUCGCUAAAUCCAAUGUCAAGUUUUUUUUGUAUAUCUACAUGUGCAAUUUUUUAAUUAAUUUUAAGAUAAAUUCAUAUAAAAUUAGAGGGCUUUAUGACUUUAACAAGGUAUUGACAAUUCAUUUAUAGAAAUCUUAUUGUAAAUUUUGUGUUUUUAACUAUAUGUUUACUAUGGGGAUAUUAUUCUAUUCAGUGUUAAUAAUAUAUAUAUUGAAGAUAAUAAUAUGUUUCACAACUACCGGUAUAUUCAAAUAAUAUUUUCAUAUUCUCAUACAGAAAUUCCCAUGCCCAAAUGGUUUCCGCAAAAGUGAUGAGGUAUUAUGAUCAGUUUUAUUUUAAAUUACAAGAGCAAUAGCUUGGCCUAUAAGUUUCCCCCAAAAGCCUUCAUAUAGGCCUACAAAACCUCUUUUAAAAUCCCUUUAUCGGGUUGAGAAUGGUGUAAAUAGAAGCCACAAGUGUCUCUUAUACACAUACAAAGACUAGAAAAUCUCUGUUGAAUUCAGUUUAACAAUGCCACUGUAAGUAAGAUCAAUGAAGGUUUAAGCAUUUUAAAUGCUAUUUUAUUUAGCUUUUUGGACAUUAAACAGUGUAUUUUG